UCAACUGAAUGGUCGUUCAAGUUGGAAUCAACUUUCUUCUUUUGCUAAAAUAAACAUCUGUGAUGCUUAAUAAUGUGAUUUUUUUGCAAACGAUUUAAUUUAGUUUUAUUGCUAUACGUUUAUUGACACACAAUGGGCGACAGUAGCGAUUCAGAGGAGUUUUACGAUGCCGAAGAGUUCACUCCCAUUAAGGGUUCAAAAAGAGCAUCACUAUGCAAGAGUGUGAGUGUGACAGAGUCAGACCUAGCUAAUAAAGACAAAACAGAUGCCAAAGUGGACAAGGGCUUGGGCACCAAGACUUCUGACUCAGGGCCACAGACUAGUGGCAGUUUGUUGACCACCGAAGUCACACCGCCUGAAGAUGACAGAACUACAGUUAAGAGUGUGGUGCAGGGCCGGCGGCGGUUCCAGGAGCUACGGCGCUGCAUGCAGGCGGAGGAGGAGGACGAGGCGCCCGACGCUGCCGAUGACCACCACACCUUCACACUGGAGCACCCCUUCAAGAUUGUGGCCCACGACACGAUGAGCCUGCAAAGCAUGACGUCACUUGGAAGGAUAGGAAGAAUUCUCAGCGGCGCGUCGGAAUCUCAUCCAAAUAUAAGAGACGCGGCGCCUGCUCCUUCGGUGUCGUCGCGCGAGCCGUCCACCUCUGACGACCCUCUCGCAUCCGACAACAGAAAUCAAAACGUUGCCAUUACCUCUGUGAAUCUCACUUGGGCCGACUGGGAAGGUAUGCUAGCGAUGGCAGAGCCCGACGUGAUAGCUAGCACGAAGGCGAACAGUUUGAAGCAGAACCGUAGCUCCUCGGCUGCCAUUGUGGCAGUGUCGGGCGCCGCACGGCCUGCCAGUGUGGCCGGGCCUGUUGCGCCACCUAGGAAGAAAAAGAGAAACAAGCUCCACGGCUCGCAAUCCCUAUCGACCACAGACGGGGACAACCUCAGCGUGUGUACCACAGACACGGAUGACUACCGCUACGUGCCGCGGCGACCUGUGGCGGGCGGCGACAAACCGCAGCUAGAAUCGUUACUAGUUGAAGCGCCGCCGCCGAGCGCGAGUCAGUCCAUGGCGCUGCCGAGCCCGGCCAGCACCAUCGAGUCGCUCACGCGCGAGUUCCAGGACUCGCUUGAACUCUCGCACACUAAGUACGCCAGCGACAGAUCUUCAACAAGUAUACACGAGUCGCGCUCAAGUGAGCGCGCGAGCGAGUCCUCCCGAAGUAGCACAAACGCCUCGGGCAGACAUAAAACGAACGCGCCCGACUCUACUUUGGAUAUCAAGGAGGCUGUUAAAGCAGGCGAAAGUGCGAGCGCAGGGCUGUCCCGCGGUGGUGCGCGGACGCAUAGUGAGGGCCGCGCCUCCAACGCCUCUGGGCAUGCCAGUUUGGGACACUCUACCAGAAGAAGCAACUCGGAGUCGCUGACGGCCGCUCGCAGACGCUCGGCCGGCGACGAGCAGCAACUAGGGCUGGCGCUACGCACGCGGACCACCUCGGGACAGCGCCUCACCGACAUCGAGAUCCUCGAGCAGGUCACCGUGCUCAACCUCGACACUGGUGAGCGAGUCCCACUGAGCGUGGCUGAACACAAGCUACCGCAGUGCAUCAACCCGCUGAGCCUGCACAUCAUGCGCCUCACCUCCGAAUACAUCGCAAGGCCCAGCGACGACAACACACGCCCAGACGAAACAGUGAAGCAGAAAAGCUUCUGGCGUUGGAACUUGGCAUCUACAUACAUGUUGUGGCGCCAGACUCCGUCCGUCGACCGCGCCGUCUCUCUCCUCAGUGUGGCCACUAGAGAGACGGACGAGGAGUCAGAAUCGGUGGCAACGGGCGGCGGCGACGACGCGUUAGAAAGAAAGCCGCCCGCCGAACGGGCAGCCGCUCUCAAACGCAAGACCGACAAGUUAAAACGUUUCUUCGGGAGCACAGUAAAAAAAACGGUCGACGCGGCCAAGUCGCUAGCGCAAGAAGUGUCCCACGCGAGGCACAAAGAAGACGUGGCCGAUAUAGCGGAUGACGUCAGAGGCGAACACAAUAUCAAGUUGAAGGCCUCCAACUCGCACAAGGGGCCGUAUGACUUCGACGGCUGCGUCAGACAUGUACAGGAGAUGGGAUCAGCGCAUUCUGGUGCGGUCUGGUGCUGCAAGUUCAGCGUGUGCGGGCGGCUGCUGGCUACGGCUGGUCAAGACCGCCUGCUACGCGUGUGGGUCACGCGCGACGCGCACCACAUGUUCCAGGACAUGCGCACGAAAUACAACGCGGAGCAGAAGUCAUCUCCCACGCCGUCGCAGGAAUCAUUAGCGUCGCUGGCGCCGCCGCCGCGCGCCGACGCGCCCGGGCCCGCCGCGCCCUUCUGCCCGCUGCCAUUCUGUGUCUACUCGGGGCACACGUCGGACUUACUGGAUGUAUCCUGGUCCAAGAACUACUUCAUCCUGUCGAGUUCCAUGGACAAGACGGUGCGCUUAUGGCACAUCUCGCGCGGAGAGUGCCUGUGCUGCUUCCAGCACAUCGACUUCGUGACCGCCAUCGUGUUCCACCCGAGGGACGACCGAUACUUCCUGUCUGGUAGCCUGGAUGGCAAGCUGAGGCUGUGGAACAUUCCUGACAAGAAGGUUGCAGUCUGGAACGAAGUCGACGGCAAAACGAAGCUGAUAACCGCCGCGAACUUCUGCCAAAACGGCAAAUUCGCAGUCGUCGGCACCUACGACGGCCGCUGCAUAUUCUACACUACGGACCAACUAAAAUACCACACGCAAAUCGACGUGCGGUCCACGCGAGGAAAAAACUCGACCGGUCGCAAGAUUAGCGGCAUCGAACCAAUGCCCAACGAUGAUAAAAUCCUCGUCACAUCCAACGACAGUAGAAUACGACUAUACGAUCUAAGAGACUUAAAUCUCUCGUGCAAAUACAAAGGCUACGUCAACAUUUCGAGCCAAAUCAAAGCAUCGUUCUCCCACGAUGGCAAAUACAUAGUGAGCGGUUCGGAGAACCAGUGUAUUUACAUUUGGAAGACGUAUCAUGAUUAUUCAAAGUUUACGUCGGUGAGAAGGGAUAGGAACGACUUCUGGGAGGGUAUAAAGGCGCACAAUGCAGUGGUGACAUGUGCUGUGUUCGCGCCAAACCCUGAUUAUAUGAUACGUAUGAUAACGGAGCGGGAGGAAGAGGCGAAACUCGCGAAUAAGGAGGCGGAGGAGAAAGAUGAAGUGAAGGCAGUGGAAGGCGGCAUGGUGGCGUCUUCGCAAACAGGUCACGUGCUUGUGAGCGCGGACUUCAACGGUUGUAUCAAGGUUUUUGUUCACAAAGCAAAGCCCAAACACAGCUCUUUGCCAGCCUCCGCUUUAGCGUAGGGAAAGUAAUCGAGCUGACAUUGGAGUUGUCACGAGUCAAUAAGGCAGGUUUUAGUGUGGGCUGAUGGUCUAAGGCCAAGGUUGAGCAUUCGCUACCCGAAGGAAAGCAGCCAUAAACGCCUUCUAUGGCCUGGUCCGU